GUCGCCCUCCGGGAUUUCAUUCUCACAGAGGCGGGAAAUGAGACUCAAAUCGUGUUCCACCGAGAUGGACUCAUGAAGACCAACGUAACUUUCUCCAAGGAGGACCACAGCUUGGAUGACGUCAUCUCUUUUGAGGCUCUUCCUGCUGGCGUCAACCACGUCUGGGUUCGGCUCUUCGCCGAGGCCAGCGAGCACGUGUACGGAGGCGGGGAGCAGUUCUCGUACUUUGACCUCCGAGGUCACACCUUCCCGCUGUGGAUCCAGGAACAGGGCGUUGGUCGCAACAAAAGUACAGAGGUGACCUUUAAAGCCGACCAGAGGGACGGAGGGGGGCGGGACUACUUCAACACCUACUGGGCACAGCCCACCUUCACUUCCUCGCGCAAGUACAGCUGCCACUUUGACACCACCAGCUACUCCGAGUUCGAUUUCCGCCACCCGGACUUCCACGAGGUGCAGAUCUGGAACAAUCGGCCCGGCAAGAUCUACUUCGGCGUCGACGACACUUUCAUCGGGCUGGUGGGCAAAGUGACGGCUUUCUUGGGGCGGCAACCGCUGAUGCCGCUGUGGACUCAGGAUGGCGCCAUUUUGGGCAUUCAAGGAGGGACGACUGCUAUGCUGGAGUACCUUAAAGGGGCACAGGGAAAUUCGACUCUCGUUAGCGGUCUUUGGAUUCAAGAUUGGGUGGGCCGAAUCACAACCUCGUUUGGUCGAAGGCUGUUCUGGAACUGGGAAUGGAACCAGGAACAAUAUCCAAACUUGGACACGGAAAUCGUGCGCCUCCGGGAGCAAGGGGUGCGAGUCUUCGCCUACAUCAAUCCAAACCUCAACCGUGAGGGGACUUUGUACAAGGAGGCUGAGGGUCAGAACUUCCUGGUCAAGAACUCGUCCGGUCAGACCUAUGUGGUGGACUAUGGCGAGUUUUUCUGCGGCAUCGUGGACAUGACCAAUCCCGCGGCCUUUGCGUGGUAUAAGGGGAUCAUCCGGAAGAACAUGAUUGACUUGGGCUUUGCAGGAUGGAUGGCUGAUUUCGGUGAAUACCUGCCCACGGACGCCGUAUUCCACAGCGGGCAGCCCGGUGAAGAGCUGCACAAUCACUGGCCUGUACUGUGGGCCAAAUUGAACCGGGAGGCUGCAGAAGAUGCCGGCUUGGUGGAAGACUUGCUGAUCUGGAUGCGUGCAGGGUUUAGCGGCUCACAGCGGUACUGCACCAUGUCCUGGGCCGGGGAUCAGUUCGUAGACUUCAGCCUGGCGGACGGCUUGGCCUCAGUCAUACCCGCUGCGCUCUCGCUCGGCAUGUCAGGAUACGGGUUGAGCCACUUCGACAUCGGUGGGUACACGUCGCUGUUUGACAUCGGCCGGACCAAGGAGCUGUUGCUUCGGUAUGCCGAGUUUGCAGCCUUCACUCCGGUCAUGAGGACGCACGAGGGCAACCGGCCUUCCGCCAACUGGCAGUUCUACUCCGGCACGGACACGAAUCUCGCUUUUGCACGUCACACCAUGAUCUUCAAUACUCUCGCCAACUACACCCAAGCUGUGGUCCGCGAAAAUACGGAGAGCGGAAUCCCGGUACAGCGCCCUCUGUUCAUGAAUUAUGAAAAUGACCAGAAGUCGUACAACAUUAAGUACGAAUAUUUAUACGGCAGGGAUCUCUUGGUUGCCCCCGUGUACAACGAAGGCGUGGACACGUGGUCGGUCUACUUACCCCCGGAUAACUGGGUCUUCUUGUGGGAUGGCCAGGAGUAUGACGGUGGAAGUACAGUUACUGUUCCGGCGCCCUUGGGAAAGAUUCCAGUAUUCUACAGAAAGGGCUCCACCUGGACAGCAGUAUUUGAAAAACUGCCCAAGAUUGAAGCUGCCGGUUUCAGACUGAGCAUAAAGCAGCUAUGGACCGAGCAGCUGUUGGCCUGA